GAAUAAUUCGUCAUAAGUGCACUCGGCAGAGCGGCGGCAAUAUGGAAAGAAGCAUUUAAGCCGGUUCGCUAGGGCCUAGCCAAGGGCAUUGGACCAAUAGAUAUGAACUAAUUUUAUGGAAAUUAUGUAUAAUGACAGUCAUGUAAACACAUAAGAAUACAGUUAUUUUGUGGCGGGACUUUAAUAUGUUUAUUUUUAACGUAACUAUUUGAUUUAAGAUAACAUAUUGACACCACAUUGUGUUAAAGUGAAGUCCUCAGAUGUAUGUGGGGACACGCACAUGCCAGUGUAACUGAAUAACUUAACUAGGAUUGCAAAAUGUACUAGUAAACACAAGUGUUUGUAAACUUGAUAUCGGACCUUUAAGUGAUAUUGUUGAAUGCACUCUAUUUAUUUCAACGUAAAAGUUGAUGUCUUAUGUGAGAGUUGAGUUAAGAAAACGGAUCUGCAAAUGGAAAGCACGAGAAUGCAUUCAACUGACAGUCUAUUCAACAACAAAAAACCACAAUCUCGAUGUCUGGUGAUUAGUUUGGGUAUUGGUUGCAUAGCAAUGUUUGUCAUUGGUAUUCUGAUUGGUCGGUUUGCCACGUGCCCUGACGAGAAGCCAGCGGAACGGCCUGGGUUAUUCCUGCCGGGUGUAUCAGAGGCACUUGUCAGUAAUGGUGAUCCUUUGAUAAGAGAUGAACUUAUGAAUAGCAUAAGCAGUGACAGAAUUCGCGAAAAUCUCAGAAUGCUGACAGAAAAUCCACAUUUAGCGGGCACUGAUGAAAACCAUCAGCUGGCUUUGAAACUUAAAGAACACUGGGAAGAUGUAGGCCUAGACCACGUGACAUUAACUCCCUACCGUGUAUUGCUGUCAUACCCAAAUAUGAAUGAUCUAAACUAUGUUGAACUACUUGAUGAAAAUAAUGGCACUGCAUACAAAUCCAACUUGACAGAACCCAUUCUAACCCAAGAAGAAAAUAAAACAAAUGUGGUCCCACCAUUUAAUGCAUACUCUGCGCCUGGUGAUAUCUAUGGUGACCUCGUAUACGUUAAUUAUGGUCGAGUGGAAGACUACAUAUACUUAGAGCAAAACAAAAGUAUAAAUGUCUCCGGAAAAAUAGUGUUUGCAAGAUACGGAAAGAUUUUCAGAGGAGACAAGGUCCAUUUAGCAGAAAAAAGAGGAGCAAUAGGUGUCGUCCUAUUUUCUGACCCGGAAGAUGUGACAGAUGGAGACAUAAAUCAAGUGUAUCCCAAAGACUGGUGGCUUCCGCCUUCUGGUGCUCAACGCGGUACUGUCUACAUUGGGGACGGAGAUCCAUUAACAGCGGGGUACCCGGCUAUUGACACAGCAUACCAGAAGCUGUCACCCGACGAAUAUUUGCCUGGAAUACCGUGUCAUCCUAUCGGUUAUGGUAUAGCUAUACAUCUUAUGAGGAAUCUAGGUGGUGGAGCGGUUCCGCAGAAUUGGCAAGGGGGGAUGAAUGUCACAUACAGAUUUGGAGAUGGUUUUAGAACUACAGGAUGGCGGGCACAUAUUAAAGUUUCAACAAGCAACAAGAAUGUAACUGUUUACAACGCUGUUGGGAUCAUUCGAGGAUCCAUUGAACCAGAUCGUUAUGUAUUGAUUGGUAAUCAUAGAGAUGCAUGGGUUCUUGGUGCUCUCGACCCUUCUAGCGGGACUGCAAUAAUGAUGGAAAUUUCAAGAGUGAUGGGCCAACUUGUUAAGUCAGGAAGAUGGAGGCCGAGGCGAUCUGUCAUUUUUUGUAGUUGGGGAGCCGAGGAGUAUGGACUCGUUGGCUCUACAGAAUGGGUGGAGCAUUAUACGAAAAGCCUCGGGGCUCGAGCAAUUGCGUAUCUUAACGUAGAUAUUGCAGUUCAAGGGAAUUUUACAUUUCGGGCUUUGGGCACGCCGUUGAUCUUCAAAUCAUUGUAUGAAGCCACUAAGAAAGUUCCAAACCCUAAUGCCACGGAAAUCUCUGAAGGCCGGAAAACUGUGUAUGACACAUGGAUGAAGGCUACACCUUGGGAGGAAUUCCAAAGACCACUAAUUACGUUACCCGGUUCAGGCAGCGACUACGCACCAUUCCGGGACAGGUUAGGCGUUCCUGUUGUGGACCUAAGGUACACUUGGGAUAAUCGUCUUAAAUUGUCAGCGUAUCCAAUGUAUCAUUCGGUUUAUGAAACUUUCUAUCUCGUGGAUGAGAUAAUGGACCGAGGUUUUCAUUACCAUAAGGCAAUCGGUCAGAUAUGGACGGAAAUGGCCAGGGAUCUUGCGGACAGCCUUAUAAUUCCAUUCAAUGUCUCGGACUAUUCUAGUGUGAUAACAGACAUUGGAAGAACAUUCAUGGAAAGUUUUAGACAAUUAAUGGACACCAAUGGAAUUGAUACAGCUCUGCUUGAUGAUGCAAUCGCCAAUUUUACAAUAGCUGUGGAACAAUUCGAAAGCCAAAUGCAAAAAGCAAACUUAAAAGAUCCAUUUGUGGUACGACGUAUCAAUGAUCAGCUAAUGCAGUUGGACAGAGCGUUUCUGGAUCCCGCCGGUUUACCAGAUAGAAAACUUAAAAGGCAUAUAUUAUUCGCAGAGAGUACCGUAGAUAAUUAUGCAGGAAGCAGGUUUCCUGGUCUCUCGGACGCAUUAACGAAAAUCAAGCUUGGAGAAGACGUUGAGAACCAAUGGCAAACCGUUCGGAAACAUUAUUCAGUGAUUCUGUUUACGUUCCAAUCAGCCUCAGCUACACUUAAAGACGUUUCUGACUUCAUGUUUUCCUAUUAAAAUUCAUGUUUUCGUGUUAAAUACUUUGAGACACACAUCUCAUUUUCAUCAAAGAAAUGUAUAACUGCAGCAACAACUGUAAUGGAUAUAUGAUGUAAUUUGUUUUUCAUUGUAUGAUCGAAAUCAUUAUAAAGUAGGCCAUCAUAUUUGAACCUCAUACAAAUUGCGGUUGGAACUUCGUAGUUUUUUUCUGUAUUGAAUGCCUUAUUUUGGAAUGAUUAAUCAGUACUCAGUGGGUUAUCAAGCCGAUCUUUGAAGACAACUGUUUGAUCGAAAUUUGUUUACUUAUUUAGUUGGGUAAAGACUCACGCUGACACAAUCUAGAUUAUAUGGUCAUGGGCGUGUGACUGGAUAGAACAACUUAACUCGAUGGCUUCCUGACAUUAAGACGUCUACACACAAACAAACCUACAUCUAUAAGGGGAAAGUGGUUCGAAGUCAGUUUGUUACAAAUUAUAUACGAAUACGCAAUAUAUCAAGAGGCCGCAAUCGGAACGUCAUUAAGUCUUCGAUAUUUUAUUAUAAGGAAUCGAUCCGACUGAUUUCCGUCGCGAAGCGAGCGACGAAAAUCGGGAUCGAUCCAUCUACGGUAACAUGCGAUAUACCGAAUGGGAUAUAUACUAUCGAAUAAAAAAAUGGAUUUUUUUUGGAAGAAUACGCCUUUUCCUUGUGCCUAAUAAGCGUCAAAAUAACUUGUCCAAACCGCAAUGUCUUGGACAUCAGUACGAAUAUGGGCAGUGUUGUUUUUAUUCCAAAAUCUAUCUAAAAAGAUACGGAAUCGAUGCUGUCAUUAGACAGUUCUUUUCAAAUCUUAUGGGAUUAAUUGAAGUCGGAUCGAUUCUCGAUUGAGGCAGUGCCUUAUGUCAUGUAAUUUAGAGGAAUAUGUGUUUGCUUAAAUGUGAGAUCGAACUAUAACAUUAGAUGCAAUAUUUAAAAUCUAGUGCAAGAUAUUUCAAAAAUACAAGCAAAACAACUAAACUUCCUUUUUUUCUAUUUCUUGUUAUAUUAGAUGGCUUUUACCAAGUUAAAUUUUUUUGCACGCGCAUUAAAACGCAUGUUGGAGAACGUCACAUGCAAACACACUGUUUUAGAAUUGGAAACAAGUUAAAAAUUCUUAGAAGGUUUAGAUUUCUUCGAAACUUUUCAAUUUUUCUCAGCCUACCGAACAAAAUGUACAUAUUUUGUCAAUACAAAUCUGAUAACCUUAUAAUGUUCGCUUGCAGAAUAGUAUCCCAAAUCAGGGUAUCUUCUAGCACUCGAUGAGUGUAAGUUUGGUUGCAAAACUGUUUAAUUCUGUAGAAUUGCACUAUUUGUCACAUAGCUAUAUUCAUUUUGUGAUAUAUCAAACAGUAACUAUCACUGCAAUAAAUAAACGUCUAUUUGUUA